UGCAUUCGUCCUGUUGCAAAUAAUUUACGCGUCCAACUACUGCGCAGGAGCCGUAAAACUGUCAAAUGAAAAAUCAAUAAAGCUUUUUCCCAAUGUUGAAAAGUGUAGGAAAUUAAAAUCACAACGUCCACAAUCAAAUAAAGAAGGUGUGCAACUGAACGCUAACCCCCUUACAGCCGUGUGAACUCAUUUAAUUGCUAUUGCUUAGCCAAGCUCCAUGGCAGCAGCAUGAAUCCAGUGCCAAAUCGUGAAUAUAUAGAGGUGUGUGCCGCUGCCAUACACCAUCAUCAGUAUCCCCAGCAUCAGCACCAGCAUCAACAUCAUCAGCACCAUCAGCAACUCGCACUCAAUCCUUUACUAAACCCUGCACCUCCACCGCCGCCACCGCCCGCACCACUCCCACACCCGCACGAGCUGCAGCCACCUCAACACGAGCACCAGCCACACUGCAAGCAGCAAUGUUUUGUUUUCACAGAAAUCGCGGACAUUGAACUACCGCCAGAGAUUACAAAGCUUGGCAGUGAGAAGCUAAAGAAUGGCGCCAUCGCCGCUGCCGCAUAUAAAAUGAGCGCGUGUAGUGAUACGGGUAGUGAGCCCAGCCGUUCGACGCGCAGUCGCCGGCUGAUAGUUGUGCUCGGCAUAAUGUUGGUGUGCAUAGCCAUGGCAGGUGGCAUACCAUUGGCGCUGCAGUUGCGUUCCUCGUCGCUGCUAGAAGCGCGGCUUGCAUUCAUACGUCGUUUGUUGGCUGAAUCGCCGCUAAUUGAAGGCUCCGCUUGGCAGCCACCGAUGCGUGAUGUUCUGAAUCGCAGCAGCAGCAGCAGUGGUAUGUUAAACGAAGUGCGUCGCAAUCAUGUUGGUGCAGUUUUUUGGCCAAUUUCGGUGCCGUGCGGCGCACAGUAUUUGGAUGCCGUACAGUUGGCAUUGGAGGGUAUCGAUGAGGCACGCCGCAUUACCGCUAAUACGGACGCAUUGCACAUUGUGCUCUCUGCCGACGAAAUGGAACAGACGCAUAUCCGAGGUGAAGUAGCUGUGAUGCUUGGUCUGGGCGGUGGCCACACAUUAGGUGCCAGUUUGGCAGUACUGCGAUCGAUGUAUCUGCUCGGCGCACGCUUCGUAUCGAUUACUAGUUUGGAAUGCACAACACCCUGGGCUGCUGCUUGCAUACGCAGUCAUGACUAUUUGUUCGAGGAAAAUGCCACACAUUCGAUCAACGAGUUUGGAAAGACGGUGCUUUACGAGAUGAAUCGACUGGGAAUGCUUAUCGAAAUCUCUCAAUUGUCAGAGGCGGCUAUGGUGACUGCAUUGCACACGGCCAAAGCGCCGGUUUUGCUCUUGAAUGCUGUGCCAGUUUCGGUUUGCAACAGCUCCAGCGUAGCCUCCAUACCUGAUCGCAUUUUGAGCUUGCUUUCGGACAAUGGUGGCGUAAUAAUGCUGAAUUUAGAACGCUGUGAAGAACGUCGGUUCUCUGUACGCGAAGCUAUCAACGCCAUCAACUAUGUGCGCAAGGUGGCCGGUGUCGAUCACAUUGGUUUGGGUGGUGCGCCCAAGAGUUAUGCUUUUCUGUUAGCUGAGCUGGCACGCGAUCGCGUUUGGGGUAAUGCGGCUAUCAAGAAACUAAUUGGCGGCAAUGUAGUGCGCAUUUUACGUGAAGUGGAGACAUUGAAAAAUCGGUUGCCCUUAUACGAGGAUUGGAUACCACGGGAGCUUGUCGAGAGUACUUCCUAUUGCCGCUAUCCGGAGACAUAAACAUACGGGAGAUAAUUAAUGUGUAAACAUUUUCAGCUGAAAAAGCGUAUCUUUUGUUAGAGUUUUUUGUUAGCGCGCACACACAUACAGUUAAUCCCACCCAACCACACCCCAUUACGUUUAACUAUGGUAGUUAUAAAUGCAUAAAUGCAUACAUAUUUGAAUAGGGAUUCGUGCAAGUACGUACGUACAAACAUACAAAAGUACUAUAUACAUAGACAGCCUGAUAGCUAUUACAUAUGUAUUCUCAUAAUAAUUAGUUACAUACCCCGUAGCGAAUGGCAUUAAUUGGUCUCUUAAGUGUCUAGUACUGCCAAGUUACGUCUUAAAUGACUUUGGGCUCUGUUUAUAUGGAAGUCGUUGACUUUGUCAUGCAGUGAUCAUUGAUGACGUUCAAACGACAUUAUCCUGCAAUGGAAUGUUUAUAAGUCACCGUUGC